AAUAUCCUCGGCGACUGAAGGCGAUGGCGGUGGAGGUGCGGGAGGAGCUAGAGGUGGUGGUGGCGGUGUACGGAGACGACAUCCGCGUGCUCCGCGACCUCCCUCCCCACCUCGUUGUCCACGUACGGCCUCGCACCGCUGACAACUCCUCGUAGCACCUCGCCUCAUCCCACACGCAACUAAUCCUCUUCCUCACGGGCCGCAAGGCGCCCAAUCCCUGCUUGUGUCUUAUUUUCGCGGGUCGCAGAGGACUCGCGCGACUGAUCGGCUGGCCGACUGGCUGGUCGGCCCUCUGCUGUGCCCGGGAGGGAGUAGUUGGUAGGUAGUAGCCGGUGGUGGAGUCGCCGCCUGGUCUGAGGUAAACCAUAGCUGUCGGACAAGAGGGGGGAUUAGUGAGUAGUUGAAGUUUAGGCCUCUUUCGUUUACGAAUUGAUCUGUUGAGGUAUUUUAAUUUUGUAUGGUUAGUGCUUGUGGACUUACAGAUCGAUUCAUUUUUGGGUGUAUUGCAUAUAUAAUGUCAUGAUCCUGAUGCUAUUAUGUUAGUUAACUGGUAGGUUGUUGCAAUGUGUUUCCAUGAUUGGCCUGAUGCCGCUGUCUUAGCAGGCAAACAGGGGUUUCUGCUUAGGUGUUGAGUUACCUUUACACUGUGUUAUGAUUAAUGUAUGAACCUCUAUGUGGGAAAUUGUACCUGGAAGGCUGAGAUUGUAAGCACAAGAGCCACUAUGCUUAGGUGGAUGUAGUUUGUACCUUUUCCCCCUGGAGUUUGCUACCAUUCUCCCAGACAACCUUGCUCAUAAUAGUUGGGAGUUGGCUAUAUUUUGGCUCAGUGUUAAAGGUUAAUGCCCUAUGUUUUUAUGGCAUUGGUUUUGCAGUAUCCGAAGGAACCACCUUAUAUUUAUGCUGUGGAAAGUAAGGGCCUUGAUGAAAAUCGACAAGCAUAUCUUAUUAGCAGCAUCAAGAACAAGGCACAAGAGCUUUCUAACUACCCAAUGCUUGUGACGUUGUGUGAGGAAGCUGGAGAGAUCCUCUCAAAUAUGAAUCAUCCAGCAGGGGAUUGUCCACUGUAUCUAUAUCCUUUAGUGGGAGAGGAUAAGGAUGGUUCUGCAUUGCCAUUUAUGAAGUUGAUGUCAUGCUACCACUGCUUCCAUAGUGACUGCAUUAUGAGAUGGUGGGAAUGGCUCCAACAGGAUGAUGCGAACCUUAAGGAAUGUAAUACAGCAGUAACCACUGGUGACAAGCAUUAUAAUGUGAAUCAGCACAAAGGAUUUUGUCCAGUUUGCCGCAAAGUGUUCGAUGAGAAGGAUAUUGAGCAUGUACGUGAUCUGUUGGGUGCAAAUACUUCCCGGCUGGCAUCAUUAACAAUUGACCUGGGUGAAGAGGAAAAGGAAUUGCUCCAUUAAUUCUGAGUUAGAGAUGAACAGAAAGAAAAAUUUUGAGUCACUGGUUAAUCUGCAACAAGAACGAAAUGGCCUGAUCGAACCGAAGAAAGAUCGCGCCAUACAGCCUGGAAUGUAUGUUUCUCUUCCUCCCAGCGUGCCAACAAUG